AAGUGGAGGCAUCGGAAUAGAAAAAAAGGACGACUGCCGACACGGUGCUUCCACUGACUGAACUUCUUUAAGAGCUCGACGGGACUCGGGAUAAUCUGUGGAAGAGUUUUUCUCCGUUUUUAAUAUUUUCUUCAGACUCAACGUUCAUUGAAAAGGGGCUGACAGGAGACCUGAAGAUGAUGCUGUCAGGCAUCUUUUUGCUGUUCAUGCUUUGGAGUUGUGAAGGCGCCAGACUGGCAGAGAGUCGUGAUGACAACAGUGUGUAUGAUUUAUUUGACCUGGCCCGGGUGAACAAGAGACACCACGGAGUGAGCCUGGCCAAAGGCUUAGACCCCUACAGUCCUGCGUACAAGAUCCUGAACGCAGACCUGAUCCCCGCCGUGCCAGACAGCUCCCUCAGAGACCUCCUGGACUCCAUCCAGGCCGAGCGGGGCUUCCUCCUCCUGGUCAACCUGAAGCAGUUCAAGAAAACCAGGGGUAGUCUGCUGACCAUCGAGAAGAAUGACGGCUCUGGACCGGUUUUCGAGAUCAUUUCCAACGGGAAGGCCAACACCCUGGAUGUGGUUUACUCCACUGAGAACCAGCAGCACGUGCUGUCCAUUGAGGAUGCGGGUUUGGCCACCGGGCAAUGGAAGAACCUCACACUGUUCGUUCAGGAUGACAAGGCACAACUUUAUGUCGGCUGCGAGGAGAUAAAUGUUGAAGAGUUGGAUGUGCCCAUCCAGACUUUGCUGUCCAGAGAGGUGGCAGACAUAGCCAGACUCAGGAUAGGAAAGGGAGCAGUUAAGGACAAAUUUAUGGGGGUGCUUCAGAAUGUACACUUUGUAUUCGGUACCACUGUGAAUGCCAUAAUGAGAAAUAAAGGGUGCCAAAGUGGAGACCGCCUCACAGAUGUCAUGACCCUGGACAAUCCUGUCAACGGCUCCAGCCCCGCCAUCAGGACCGAUUACACCGGCCACAAAACCAAAGAUCUGCAGUCUGUCUGUGGUUUCUCGUGUGAUGACAUCGCCAGCAUAUUUAAGGAGCUCAGAGGACUCAAUAUAAUCGUUGAACAGCUGUCAAACCAACUCCAAAAAGUGUCCACAGAUAACCAGUUACUGAGAACCCAAAUUAACACCCGCAGCGGAAUGUGCAUCCACAAUGGCAUCAUGCACCAUGACAAAGACGAAUGGACAGUGGACGGCUGCACAGAGUGCACCUGUCAGAACUCUGCCACCGUGUGUCGUAAAAUCUCCUGCCCUCUGAUCCCGUGUGCUAACGCCACCGUGCCGGAUGGGGAAUGCUGCCCCCGCUGUGGAACACCGAGCGACUAUGCAGAGGACGGCUGGUCCGCGUGGUCUGACUGGACCCAUUGUUCGGUGACCUGUGGUCGUGGCAUCCAGCAGCGUGGACGCUCCUGUGACCGCAUCAACAGCAAAUGUGAAGGCACCUCUGUCCAGACCCGAGACUGCUACCCACAGGAAUGUGACAAGCGCUUCAAACAGGAUGGAGGUUGGAGCCACUGGUCGCCCUGGUCCUCUUGUUCUGUGACCUGUGGUGAAGGGGUCAUGACACAAAUCCGCCUCUGCAACUCCCCCACACCCCAGAUGGGCGGAAGGGACUGCCAGGGAGAGGGUCGUCACACCAAAAUCUGCCAUAAGUCUCCCUGUCCUAUCAAUGGAGGUUGGGGGCCUUGGUCACCAUGGGACACCUGCUCUGUUACCUGCGGUGGAGGAAUCCAGAACCGGAAACGUCUCUGCACAGACCCUGCACCCAAAUACGGUGGGAAGGAUUGCAUUGGCGACGCUGUCGUGCCUCAAGUUUGCAACAAACAGGAAUGUCCUAUUGAUGGCUGUCUCUCCAGUCCGUGCUUCCCUGGAACGAAGUGCACCAGCUCCCCCGACGGCUCCUUCACUUGUGGAAAGUGUCCGCUUGGCUACACUGGCGACGGCAUUAGCUGCAAGGACAUUGACGAAUGCGUAGAGGUCCCCGAUGCCUGCCACACUUACAAUGGAAUCCAUCGUUGUGAGAACACCGAGCCAGGCUACAACUGUCUGCCCUGCCCCGCACGUUUCUCUGGUCCCCAGCCCUUCGGAAGAGGAGUGGAACAAGCUACCGCUAAAAAACAGGUUUGCACUCCCCGUAACCCUUGCCGGGAUGGAAGCCACGACUGCCAUAAAAAUGCAAACUGCAUCUACUUGGGCGUCUACUCCGAAUCCAUGUUCCGCUGUGAGUGUAAGCCAGGAUAUGCCGGGAAUGGGAGGAUUUGCGGAGAAGACACUGACCUGGACGGAUGGCCCAACAAAGAUUUACUGUGUGUGGAGAACGCCACUUAUCACUGCAAAAAGGAUAACUGCCCCAACCUUCCCAACUCUGGCCAGGAAGAUUAUGACAAAGAUGGCCUGGGUGAUGAAUGUGACCAUGAUGAUGACAAUGAUGGGAUCCCCGAUGAUAGGGACAACUGCCCGAGAGUGUACAACCCCGCCCAGUAUGAUGCCGACAGGGACGAUGUUGGUGACCGCUGCGAUAACUGUGUGUUUGAACCCAACACCGACCAAACCGACACUGACAACAAUGGCGAGGGGGAUGCCUGUGCUGUUGACAUCGACGGUGAUGGCAUUCUUAAUGAGAAUGACAACUGCCCGUAUGUCUACAAUGUGGACCAGAGAGACACAGACAGGGAUGGGGUUGGAGAUCACUGUGAUAACUGUCCUCUGGAGCACAACCCGGAUCAGAUUGACUCUGACUCAGACCGUGUAGGAGACAAAUGCGACAACAACCAGGACAUUGACGAGGACGGUCAUCAGAACAACAUGGACAACUGCCCCUACAUCCCCAACGCCAACCAGGCAGAUCAUGACAAGGAUGGCAAGGGCGAUGCCUGCGACCACGACGAUGACAACGAUGGAAUUCCAGAUGACAAAGACAACUGCAGACUGGCUUUUAACCCUGAUCAAGUGGACUCUGAUGGUGAUGGCCGUGGAGAUGUGUGCAAAGAUGACUUUGACCAAGACAAUGUUCUGGACAUCUAUGAUGUGUGCCCUGAGAACUUUGCCAUCAGUGAGACAGACUUCCGCCGGUUCCAGAUGGUUCCCCUGGACCCCAAGGGUACCUCUCAGAUUGACCCUAACUGGGUGGUGAGGCAUCAGGGCAAGGAGCUGGUGCAAACAGUCAACUGUGACCCUGGCAUCGCUGUCGGUUACGAUGAGUUCAGCGCUGUGGAUUUCAGUGGAACGUUCUUCAUCAACACCGACAGAGAUGAUGACUACGCCGGCUUCGUCUUUGGCUACCAGUCCAGCUCCCGCUUCUACACCGUCAUGUGGAAACAGAUCACACAAACCUACUGGUCCAACACGCCUACCAGAGCUCAAGGCUACUCUGGCUUGUCAAUCAAAGUGGUGAACUCCACCACGGGCCCUGGUGAGCACCUGAGGAACGCCCUGUGGCACACCGGAGACACCCCGGGACAGGUCCGCACUUUGUGGCACGACCCCAAGAACAUUGGCUGGAAAGACUUCACUGCCUACAGGUGGCACCUGACCCACAGACCCAAGACUGGACUCAUUAGAGUGGUCAUGUAUGAAGGAAAGAGAAUCAUGGCUGACUCUGGAAACAUCUACGACAAGACGUACGCUGGUGGGCGCCUAGGCUUGUAUGUCUUCUCUCAGGAGAUGGUGUACUUCUCAGAUCUCAAAUAUGAAUGCAGAGAUACAUAAUUGCACAGAGGCGCCUUCCAGAAGAAUGUAUCACAACAACAAUUAGAACACACAACCUGGAUCAAUUUUCUUUUUAACUUUUUCCUUUGAGAAGUGCACAUUGGUGGCUUGUCGAGCAAGUGAGCUCCCAUGAGGUUAAACCAAACUCAGGAGUUGAAGAAAAGUGAAAGUUCAAUGAUAAUUCUGCAUCAGACUCAAAUUGUGAUCGCAGCUCUGCUCGGAAGAAAUGCGCUCUCUAAAUCUAUCGGCCCUGAAAAAGGGACACAUCUUAUUGCUUUUGCACACCUGAACUGUUAUUCCUCUGUGGUUGAGGGAACAAAGGGAAGAGGGUUUUUUUCUACUUUUUUUGUAUUAUUUUGAGCAUGAACAUACAUCUGCUGUGGACUCGUUUUUCAGUAUGAAGAAAGCAGUAGGAGAACUUUUUUAGGCUGGGGUAAAACUCCCCUGUGAAGGAACUGUUGAGGGACCGUGGACAGUAUGGACCGACCGUUACUAUCAAAGAGAGUGAAUGAUGUUUGCAUGUUGUGCAUGUGUGCAAUCCGACAUGGUGAUGAAGACAAGCAAGACAAAAUUAGGUUUAGAUUCCUCUGACGACCCAUCACACCAGGCACUACAGACGUAUGAAGUCUUGUCUGUGGCUGAUUGGCAGGGCUGGCCCAAAAAACACUAACCAUCUCAGGAAAGAGCGUUAACACGAGAGCAGAAAAUUCAGGACAGCACAGGGCCCCAAAGCAGGCAAACGACACACUGCUUUGGAACAGUGAAUAUCAGCAAAUGUUAAGUUAAUAUCAGGGGACCCAAACAGGAGGGCCAGUCUGUUUGCAUAGAUGAGGUUUUAUUUGUUCGUCAUAGAUGCUUUCAUUUUUGCUCGCAUUUCGCCGUCAGUAAUUGUUAUCAGCAACCCAUACAACAAACUGAAAUCAGCAUCCUCAAAAAAUGCAGAAUCGCCUCUAAUUGGAGAAACAAAAUGUGAUUUUAAGCAAGCCUCUGCACAGUGCGCAUGACUGGUAUGUUUGAGCUUGGGUGUUCAUUUCUGACAAAGGGGGUAAAAAAGGAAACCCUUUAUGUACAAAUAUUACCUCAUUAAUUCUUUUUGUAUUGAGUCCAGCAAUACACAAGAAUCACUUGUCUUAGCAAGUAUACAUCGGUUGGCUUUUUAGUUUUUAGCGAGACUUUGGUAUCAUUUAUAUUCUGUAUAUAAGAUAUUUUUGUAGCAUAAGAAGCCCAAACAGGAGAGGAUUAAAGAUGCGUUGUCUUGACUAUGUUUUGCGAUAUGUGUUUCCUGUGCUGUUUUGAUAAAUUAUUUUAUUUGUUUUUUUUUGUCAUUUGUGUAGAUAUAUGCUAUUUAAAUAAUUUAUCUAGAAGCGUAGCCUCUUGUGGAAGCGUUUCUAUUUGUAUGAACCUUUUUUGCACACUGACAUGAGGAUGUCUUUGUUUUUUUGGUUUUUGUAUGUGUCUUUUUUUUUAUUAUUAGUGAAGCUUUUCUAUAAACAUUUGUACAAUAGUUUCUACCCAAAGUGCUGUUUAUACUCCUACCUGUUAUUUUCAUGUCAAGUGAACAAUAAACUUUUGAGGAAAAAAAAAAUUAACAGCUCAUUGGUGUCUUUGUAGGAAAACAAACAGUUAAAUCGUUUAAGAUCCUU